ACAAUUAACAAAAGAUUUUUAACAAGAUACGUAUACCAUGAUGAAGAGUUUUAACAUGGAUUAUAUGAAUUUCGGAGUGAUUGCUUCACUUGUUGAUACUAAAUGAAUUGUUGUACACUCUUGAAUACCCUUACUACUUCAUCUGAUCCUGAAGAACACAUGCAAAUUUCACCUUUGAAUUAGAUCAUCCUGAAAGAACAUAGAUUUUCAGGCUUUUGGCGCUUAAGUUAUACGAAGUUAGGUCGCUCGCCGCGCAUCCUAUCUCAAUCCUCUUCCGAACUUAACGCAGGCUGGCAAACUUGUUGAGGUACAGGGGCGUAUCAGCCGACAAUCGGUACCGAACCAAAAGCGUGGUAAACUAGCCAUCUUUGACUCAACCACAGAUGCACGGUCAAACUCAUGUUUACACAUACACAUAUAUAAUUUUUGGGAAUUAAUAUGAAAACCAGAUACUAUUCAACGUCAACUCUCUUCAUGAAUUUCGGUAAACAGCCUCAAGUAACUGCUGUUACCCUUUUUCUGAUAUAUAUUCAUAUAGUUCAGUCAGUUCCGAUGGAGACAAAUGAAGUGAAAAGUAGUUUUUUAACUAACAACAAUAUAACAGCACACAACACUUCAGAUGGAACUAUUUUUCAAGUCUAUCCAACAUGGAUUGACUUCGCUACACGGUUUGUUCCAAUGGCAUUAUUUGUCGAUCGAUAUGUCACCAUAAUUUAUUAUAUACUCGGUUUCCCGGGUAAUUUACUCUCCUUAAUUAUAUGGUCUAACAAAAGAAUGGUUCGAGAGAAUUCAGCUGCUGUCUAUCUGGCUGCUUUAUCUAUCAAUGACAUUAUUGUUUUAAUUUUUGCGCUGCACAGAGAUUUAUCACGUGUUUGGAAUAUUCAUCAACAUUUUUACCCAGGAUCAUGUGAAGUUCAGAAUAUCUUAUCACCAGCUGUACAGUAUGCUUCACCAUUAUUUGUUCUUGCUUUUACUGUGGAAAGAUGGUUAGCUAUAUGUAAACCAUUCGCUAUAGAUAGAAUAUGCAGUCCAAGAAGAGCAAUCUAUAUAUGUUUCUCAAUUAUUAUUGGAACAAUUUUAGUUUGUUCUGGGCAUGCAUAUAUAUUUAUUACUGAAAAUAAUACAUGUAAUAAACGUCAUAUAAAUGCUUUAAUAGUUAGUGUAUACUUGUCAUGUUUAGAAGCUGUAUUUGCUGGUGUUGUCCCAUUACUGGUGUUAAUUUUCAAUUGUUUAGUUAUCAAAGAACUUGCAAAAGUUCAUCGAGCUAAUAAACAAUUAGCACUGAUGUCUAAUCAUUUAUCCUCUUCAUCGACAACAGCAUCAAUGUCAGUCACUGCACAAAAUGAAUCACAAAUUAAAUCAAAAAUAUUACAUAAAAAUAAGAUUAAAUCUUGUUUUAAAAGUUUAUUUUCAUCACAGAGCACAUGUAGACAUUCAUCUGCUAUACAAUCUAAUCGAAAGCAAACAAAUGAUAAGCUGAUUACAACAAAUCCGUCUAUUGAAACAAAUCUAAAUGUGCGUAGUUCACGAGAAAUACCAAAGUAUUCGGAUAAAUCACCGGCUUCUAGGCAUCCAGUUAAUUCAUUUGAUAAUAAUAAUAAUAAUAAUAGUCGACCGACAAUUAAUGGACGACCUCAUAUCUCUAGUCGUAUAAGUUCUGAUGUUGUUGGAUUAGAUUUUAAUGCAUCAAGAAAAAGUUCACAUGGUAAACGUACUAGUCCAAGUUUUAAAUCGACAACAUUAAUGCUGCUGACUAUUAGCUUUUAUACAAUUUUAACAACACUACUCGGUGGUCUUGUCUACUUAAUUCAUCAAACUCAAGAGGAACCAAAUAUGAAUGUCACAGAAAUGGAGGCAUUGAAAGAUCCAAUCUGGAAUCGAUAUUUCACAACAAUAACUAUCAAGGCAUUUGGAGAUGAAAUCGCUUUGUCACAUUAUGCAUUUGGUUUUAUUAUCUACUAUGCAACUGGUUGUAAUUUUCGUCUACGUGUUCAUCAAUUAUUCAGAGGGUUAUUUUAUCGCUUAGGUUGCCGUUGUGAAGCACUAAUGAGGCUUGGCUUAAAUGAUGACAGUGAAAAUAUUCCAUCAUUUGCUCGUCGGUCACAUAAUCGUUUGCUGACAAAUGGUGAUCGACUAGAUAAUAAUUUCGACUACUCACCUCACUCUCAUCAUCAUCAUCAUCAACAUCAUCAACAGAUGCUGCCAGCAGAUACAAAAUCGACUACAAAUGACCCAUCACCACAAUUAAGCAAACAAACUUUAUUUAGAACAUCUGAAGAACUCCUGAAACCAUCGCCACGAUUGAAUUCAUUUCGAAGGGAGUCAUCUCGGCGAAAUAAUAAUAUUAAUGGAAUGUCUAACUCAGUGAAUCCUUCUGUAUUAUCUGGAUAGCAUAAUCAUUCUUCCUCCCUUAUCGAAGUAUGUUCAUAAUUCGAAAUACCCCAGAGGAUCUUAUUUGUUACUUAACAGUAUAAAAAACUGUGUACUAAGAGUACUUUUCGUUUCCCUUUUCAUCGUCUAUAUAAUUACAUAAUUUUAUCUAAUAAUAUUACUAAAUUCCCUUCUUUUUAUUGUUUUAUGCAACACGAUUUUUUUCGAGAAAUCAAAUAUUUAACUGGUAUCCAGUUAUAGUGAAAAUAAAACUUAAAGACGUCAAGCAACAUGGAGUGAUAAACACCUUCUCCAUAAAUGCAUUUAAGAUUUCUCAUAGUUCCCUGUUUAUAUAUGCCAUUUGUUUGUGUGUGCAUGUAUGUAUAUGCUUAAAAGUGGGUUGUAUAUUUUAUUGAUGACAUCUAACUCAAUUUCAUGUGUAUGUAGAUAUACCCGUAUGAUUUAUAUACACUUGUACCUUUAUUAAUGUCAUUUAAUGGUUAUAUAAGUAAUGUCUUUUUAAACUGUGUUUUCUACAGCAGGAUGUUUACAGGUUGAUUGAAUGUAAAUUUUAUCCCUAAUGAGUAAAAAUUUAAGCGGCAAGAAGACAUGAAUACGCUGGAUCGAUAAGAAGACUGUAGAAGAUCUGGAUUUCGCAGAUGAUUUAUGUUGAAUAUCAUAGAAAUCCGAAGGCCUACAGAUGGAAAACUAAAAAUCUGACAGAAAAGGCACAGAGCGGAGGCAGGGCCUCAAGUGAAGUUAGCUAAAACGGAGGUGAUAAGGAUAGUAAACCAACAAAAACAACAAUAACACUCACAAAUAACUACCAAUGGAAGAAAUUUGAAUGUCGUCUCUUCUUCUUCCACUGAUCUAGUCAACAUCCUUUCAAUUACAGGGCGAAUGGAUGAGGAUGUCAAAACCAGAAGAAUCAGAAUGGCAAGAAAGAGCCUCGCUACUCUGAAAUCAGUGUGAAAAUCUUCCCAAGUCAGUAUAAACAAUAAGAUUCAGAUCUCUUACACCAAUGUUAAGUCAGUUAGUCCUUCUCCAUGUGUCAGAAAUUUGGCAUGUCAAGAAAAACACUACCACUGGGCUUCAGUUUUCACUGAACAUGUACUUUUUCUGGUUAAACAGUGGAGAUAAGAUGACCAGAAAGAAUUAGCUGCAAUGAAUUCUAGUAAUAAACCAACCAAGAACUUAUUGCUCAAAAAGGAGAUAAGCAGAAGAAAUUGGAGAUGGAUAGGACACACUGAGGGGACCGUCGGAUAACGUCGCACUCGAAGCUAUCUCUCUAACUGAACCUCAGUGAGAAACAGCAAGUUGGGCUGGGGCUCAAGGGUAACACAGAGGAGACCACGUGAGUAGGAUAUGAAGCCUAUAUGAAAAUCGUGACGACAGCUGAAUAAGACUUCAGGAAACAGAAUAGAUUGGAGACGUGCUGUUGAUGCCCUAUAUUCCAUUCAGAACACACAGAAACAGUAAUAACUCAAUGAAACUCUGUUAUGAUGUUUUCCGUAUCUGUUUACAAAUCCUCCGCAACAUAAAAACUUUGGUAUAUCCUAGUGGUUAGCCUUGUUUUCAGCCUUUAGACUUUUGCACAGAAUUUCCUGAGAUAAAUGUGAAAAUAUGAUGUCAAGGUAAUGCAAAAUACUACUUAAAUACAAUUGAUCUUUGUCUUUUAAAGUAUGUUGCAGAAGACAGCUAUAUCGGUGUGUGUGUGUGUUAACUACUAUUUUUGUUAAUUAAUACCUGUUAUUUUAUCUGCAAUAAUUUCAACAGAAUGAAAUAUGUUAAAUGUGACUAUAAACAACUCCUGUAAAUACACUGAUUUUACUGUCC